ACGUUUUUGUACCAUCGAACAACAAACACUAAUUUUCUCUCUUUCUCUUCAUCUCUCUCUCUCUCUAUAUAUUUUCUUAAAAGAGUUUUUAUUUAUUUGGGACUCAAAAUUCAAAUAUGGCUUUCUCAAAACUCCCAUUGGCUCUCUUCAUGUCAACCCUAUUCUUCCAAGCAGCCCUAGGUGAGAUUGUAUGUGAGGAAUUGCCAUUGGACGUUUGUGCAUUCGCGGUAGCCUCCUCGGGGAAGAGGUGUCUCUUGGAGACGUCUACGACGGUCUCCAAGGACGGGGGAGUUGAGUACCAAUGUCGGACAUCAGAAGUGGUUGUUGAGAGGUUGGCCGAACACAUUGAAACGGAGAAAUGUGUGAAGGCUUGUGGGGUUGAUAGGAAGUCAGUUGGGAUUUCUUCUGAUUACCUAAUGGAACCUCAAUUCACUGCCAAGCUUUGUGCUCAAGAUUGCUACCAAAACUGCCCCAACAUUGUUGACCUUUACUUCAAUUUGGCUGCCGGAGAAGGAGUGUUUUUGCCUGACCUAUGUGAGAAGCAAAGGUACAACCCACACAGAGCCAUGGUGGAGCUGAUGAGCUCUGGUGCAGCCCCUGGCCCAGUAGCACCAUUUGUGGCAGGACUCGUAGCCACACCUGCAGCUGCACCCUCUAAUUAAUUAAAAUCAUUUAUUAUCAUAUAUGAUUUUAUUAUAUAUAUAUAUACACACAGUAUUAUAAAAAUUGGCAAAGUUGUUUUUUUUCUUUCUAAUUUUUGUAUGGUAUUGAGAGUGAGAGAAAUAAAUAGCAUAUAUAUAUAGAGAGAAAAAUGGGAUUUGCAGAUUUGGGGUUGAUAUAUAUAUUUUGUAAGUAUCCACUCUGUUUGAAGAGUGUUUAUAUGGUUGGUGUUGUUGGGAUUUUAUAAUAUAUACUAUAUAUAUAUAUAUGAUAAUAUGAAGAAUGGUAAUAUUUGUAUAAUGUUCAUUUAUUUUACGAAUAAGAGUUUCAGAUUCAUAUA